GUGCUUCAAGGAGGAAGAAACCUCUAGCUUUCGCAAUGGCGAGAUUGAGGUUUCAGAGCACUCUCUUUCUUCUCCUGCUCACCUCCAUGAUCGCCGUUUCUGUAGUCGUGGAGGAUGAUGUGAAGUGUCUCAAGGGUGUGAAGGGCUCACUCAGCGAUCCUCAGGGGAAGCUCAGCACUUGGGACUUCUCCAACACUUCAGUGGGUUACAUUUGCACGUUCGUCGGUGUUUCGUGCUGGAAAGUGCGUGAGAGUCGCCUGAUCGGUCUGUCCCUCCCAACGAUGACUCUCUCCGGAGAGAUCCCUGAUUCUUUGCAGUACUGCCAGAGCCUCCAGGCCCUCGAUCUGUCUGGAAAUAAUCUCACUGGUACGAUACCUUCCGAAAUCUGCACCUGGUUGCCUUACAUUGUAGUCCUGGAUCUCUCCAACAAUGGUCUCUCGGGCUCCAUCCCUUCGGAACUUGGCAAUUGCAGUUAUCUCAACACACUUAUCCUCAGUAAUAACCGUCUUUCUGGUUCCAUACCUAACAAUAUCUCGAAUCUCCGUCGUCUCAAGAAGUUAUCGGUGGCCAAUAACGAUUUAUCCGGCUCGAUCCCUUCCUUUUCUUCCAAUUAUGACUCCGCUGACUUCGAUGGCAACAGCAAACUCUGCGGCAGCCCUCUUGGAACCAAGUGCAGUGUAGGUUUGAGCCGGGAAAACAUCAUCAUCAUCGUAGCUGCCGGUGUCUCUGGUGUCCUCUUUUCACUGCUUAUUGCUCUUUCUAUUAUGCUCUUUCCGCGUCGCCCAACUGAUAGCACGAAGAAUUAG